GGGACACACUGAAGUUGAUCUCCCACGGAAAAAAAGUAAAUAAGUUAGGACCAUGCCACGAGGGAAUUCAAGACAUUGUGUUGAAUUCCAGUUUGAUGCCUCUUACAGGGAUUUGUUAUGAUUACGUUGAUAAGGGGUUACUCCUCGGAUUCAUAGAGAGGUGGCAUUUUGAGACCAGUAGUUUCCAUCUCCCUAUAGGGGAGAUGUCGAUUACUCUUGAUGACGUCUCGACAUUACUUCACCUGCCCGUGAUGGGACAAAUGUGUGAUUUGGAGGAGUUGGAGUUUGAGGAGGCUCGUACAGCCCUUGUGCAACUGCUCGGCGUUGAUGGUGGCACAGCAGGUGCUGAGAUGGAGGACGCACGUGGUCCGAAAGUCAGACUCAGCUGGCUUAGAGAGAUAUAUGUUCAGAGGUGUGAGUCGCAGCAUUGGGACUAUGCUGCUAGAGCAUAUUUGUUGCAUCUAGUAGGAUGUACGAUUUUUGCAAAUAAGAGUGCCAGUUCUAUACGCGUGUCUUACUUAUUGUUAUUUAGAGACGUACACGCGUGUGGCAGAUAUGCCUGGGGUGUUGCUGCACUCGCCUAUUUGUACGAGCAGCUCGGGGAUGCGAGUCUCGCGUCCACGAAGCAGAUGGCUGGAUAUUUGACUCUAUUUCAGAGUUGGAUAUACGAACAUUUCCCUGGCUUGGGGAGGAGGCGGUUGGUGACUUCUUACGAUGAUACCACACCACGUGCCAUGAGGUGGCAGAGCCCUAGACAGAGUUCCACUCUCGCAGAGAUUCGGUCACAGUUGGAUGCGCUGACAUACAGUGGAGUUGUAUGGCAUCCAUAUGAGGGGCAUCGAGGCAUUCGGCCAUUCUUCGGCAUCUGUAUGUAUUCUGGAUGGAUUCGGAUUGGUGACACCCUUUGGCGUCAUUUGCCUGAGCGUGUGCUGAGGCAAUUUGGGUUUCAGCAAGACAUUCCACGAUCACCGACUACGGUUCCAGAUGCAGAUGUAGUGGCCAUUGAUCAUAUGUGGUUGCACUUCAGAGCUCACGUUGUGAGUAAUGUCAGACAUGCAGCAUCCCCUUCUGACUGUGUUGAUGGGUACAUUCAGUGGUUCAGAAGGGUUUCGCAUCCUUAUAUUAUUGUUACUGCAGAUGACGCGCGACCGGCUCUUGCACCUAGACAACGCCCCGAUGUUCCACGGGAGGCACGACCCCAUCGUAGAUCGUCUCCACCUUCACCAUCUGGCGCCCUGCCUAGAUUUAGGCGAAUGGCGAGAAUGUUACAGUCCUUGAUAUCGUGUCGUCAUGUCACCGAGGGUACUGUUGCACAUCAGGUGUCAGUGGACCUGCUUCAGAUUGCUAAUGAAGGCAUCGACGAAUAUUCCACGCCUAGGAGAGAGCAGAGGCAUGUGCGUGGUAGACGGUCGACGUCUAAUUGAUAGGACUUUA